UACUGCUUUAGCAAAUGGGCGACUUCUGAAAUCAAUGGAGUAGAAGGGAUGGUGUCGAAUAUGGGAGACUGGAAAUCAAAAUGGUUUUAUGUCUUCAAAGUCCCUGGGAUUAGAAUUGACUUUAAUCGCAGACCUAGUACGUCGCGCCUUUUCUAACUUAGGCAUUUUCUGCAUUACUUUGAGUUUUUAUGCUAAUUCACUCUUUCUUGUUCUCGCAGAUAGACCAGCUCGACCCACACUUGACGCAACUCACAGAGAAACAGCUGAAAUCCUCGGCAGCCUUCUGGUACAAGAUCGCGACUGGCGAUUACUGUGUACGACUGCCAAGCUGCGAGAACACCAGCUGAUUCCAGAGAACGCAAGUCUUCAAAGAGAGCCAGUAUACAAAGAACCGUCUGAGAGACAACAAGAGCGGAUAGACAAACACCUCUCUAAGCAAACUUCUCGACCAGCCUCAGAGAUGACUUUUUUGAAGUCCGCGCCCGUCCUUAAAAUCAAGGCGAAGAGUGGAACAGCGACGACAUCGCCCGUUAUCGCCCAGAAGAGGAAGAGCGAUGUUGUAGCUACUCUUGCCGCAGAUUCUUCCAAGAAGCUGGCUAAGACCACGCAGGACAAGGGGAAGAAGGUCAUGAUCGAGCCAACUGUCCGAGCCCGCGAUUUUCUGGCUAUGCAGGAGAAGUUCGUGGGAGAGGAGUUCAUAUCCAAGGCGGAGAAGAUCCCUUCUGAGGAGCUUGUUCCGCGUUCUGUGGAGUUGGCGUCGUAGUCGAUGACUCUGUUUAUGAAAGUUGUUGCCGCUGGUUCUAAGGAGGCUGACUCGCUAAGGGCACAAUGCUCAGCUC